AUGGCUUCUGUAACUUCUUCUGUCACCGUCAGUCCGGCCAAUGAUUUCGACGAGCAAGAGUCGAUUUAUCUUGCCAGGUCGCGAAUUCUUCAUCGCAUUCGCCUCGGAAUUGCAGGCACAAUUUUCGUGACAGCAAUCGCAGGUUUUGCCUGUGCGACUUCCACCAUGCGCCACUACAACGAUACACAAUGGUAUGACUUGGUGGGGUUACCUCUUUGGCCUUUGAAUCUGGAUACGCGGGGGACCAGUGGCCUGGUUGCAGGCGGAGUUCUCAUCUCCUUUCAAUCCCUCAUAUACAUAAUUACGGCACUUUUACCUUCGCCCCGUCCUCGCACACACAAACUCAAUAUUAUGGCCUCCGCUGUCGCCGUGUCCGGCCUGAUCACUGCUACCACCUGUGUAGCCUUUGCUAUUCAUCUCCCAGCCUCGCCACACCCAACCGGAUUUACCACGAGCGAAACCAUUCAUUCCUGGAGCUGCAAGUGGCAAUCAAUAGGCAGCGUCAACGCGACCAGUUUGAAUGGCGGUCCGUUGAGUGCUCCUUCGGGGUUUUCCACAAUCUGCAAAGAGAGCCGUGCAAGCUUCAUCCUCUUGAGUGUGCUUAUUGGUCUUGAGGUCAUCAUGGGUAUUUCUGCCGUCGCGGGACAUCUUUUUGAGCUCAGUGUCGUGAAGAAACGCAAGAUGUACAACAUGGAAGCUGAACAGUUUGCCAUGGCGUCAAAGCAUCCUUGA